GGAAGAAGAAGAGAGAGAGAGAGAGUCAGGAAGAAGGGGGAAAAGAAAGGGUGGUGAGUAAAGAGACAGUGGGAGUAUCCUUUCAUCCCGAGGCUUCUCCUUCCGUGUUUGUGUUGUGUACGUGUGUGUGUGUGCACACACCCUCACCUCCGCUGCUCACUCGGCUGCUCCCCCACGCCUUCCCGCCCGCCGGCUGCCUGCCUGGUCUCUGCGCUGAGGCAAAGAGGAGGAAGAGGAGGAAGAGGAGGAGGAGGAGGACAGGCACCUGCUGCUCCUGGGAAAUUCCGGCUCCGUGCGCCACCACCCGAGCAUGACAGCAUGUCAGUCCCGCACCAGCUGCCGCAGCCGCCCCCACCCCCUACCGCACCUCUGCAGUCAGUCAGUCAGCUCUCAGGUGAGCGCGUGGACUCCCAUGCUCCAGGACCCCUCUGAGGAAGAGACAAGGAACAUGCUGGAGACCUAGAGGAGGAAAAAGAAGAAUUACAAGCUACGCUUGGGGCUCCUUUUUUUUUUUCAUCCAUCUGGUAUUGGUGCACUUCUUUUUAUGGACUUUGUGUUUGAGUGUGUGACUUUUGUUGUUUUUAUUUUGGGGCGUUACUGAGGAGGUGCGAAAGAAUGCCUUGACCAAACCUCACAAAGAGACAAAACCAAAAAAAAAAAAGGGGGAAAAAAAUCUUGUUUCUUCCGCCUCGUGAAUCGAGGGUCCUGCUCACUUUGCAGACGCUGUUUAACAAGGUUACCCCCUUACGGCUGACCGAGGCUGAGAGCGGCUUUCUUGUCCCGCCCCUGCUGUGUGAUCUGAUAAUGGAAACCCACUUUACGAGCUCCGCCACUGCCCAGUGCUGCAGGGUGGUGCUCUGAGCUAGAGCUCAGGCAUCUAGAUUUCCCGGCAUUGUCUGAGCGCGGCAGCUUUGGGAAGAGACACACAGGGUGGAAGUAGAGAGAAAGAGAAAGAGAGGGGGAGUGGGAGAGGGAGAAAGAGUUUAGGGUGGGCAGAGAAGGAGGAUGACCGAGGGAGUGGAGGACUCUUCUGCCGGGCUGGUCGCGUCGCCCACCACCACCUCCGCAGAGGCUCCCUGCGCCGUCCCAGAGGAAGCUCCAGACACGGAAGCAGAGGGAGAGGUGGCCGAUGAGAGCGGGGACGAUGCCGGCGAGGGCGACGGAGACGGGGAUGCGGAGCGAGGGGCCCUGGGACUGGCUGCGCUGGCCGGCGCCUGCUGCGUGUGUCUAGAGGCGGAGCAGGUGCGCGGCUGCCUGCACUCAGAGAAGAUCUGCAUCCUGCCCAUCCUCGCCUGCCUGCUCAGCCUGGCCCUCUGCACCGCGGGCCUCAAGUGGGUCUUCGUGGACAAAAUAUUUGAGUACGAGCCGCACACUCACCUGGACCCGAAACGCAUCGGGCAAGAUCCGAUCAUCAUCGCCGACCCCACGUUGGGGUUUCCCAUAUCGCCUUCCGCGCAUCCCACAUCCUCGUUCCCCAAUACAAACUCUACGUCUGGGCAACCGGAGGUUUUCGUGGAGGGUCGAUCCACAGAAGGACCCUUUGACCACCCUUCUCCACGAGUGACCCCUUACACCCCGACCUCAGCGGUUACGAUCCGCUCAACACAAACUAUAAACUCGGGCAGUCCCACCACCCCGAAGACUGGAACGAAUAAAACGUCUACUCCUUAUCCUCAAAGCACUGUGGAAUCAAAUGAAAUUCCUAUUCCAAAACUAUCACCUGCCACGAGCACCACGCCCUCCGUCCGGACUUCGAGUCACGUGACGCCUUGCAGCGAGAGCGAGAAGGCCUACUGUGUGAACGGGGGCGACUGCUUCACCCUGGAGGUGACCGCGGGCACCACCAAGAAACUCUGCAGGUGCCCAAAUGAAUUUACUGGUGAUCGCUGCCAAACCUACGUAAUGGCCAGCUUUUACAAACAUCUGGGGAUUGAAUUUAUGGAAGCUGAGGAGCUCUAUCAGAAACGCGUUUUGACAAUAACCGGAAUCUGCAUUGCACUCCUAGUGGUGGGAAUUAUGUGUGUGGUAGCCUACUGCAAAACAAAAAAACAGAGGCAAAAGUUCCAUGACAGGCUGAGGCAGAGUUUACGCCAGCGCAACGCCAUGGCCACCAUGGCCAAUGGACCCCACACACACCCACCACACCCACCCCCAGAAAACAUCCAGCUUGUCAAUCAAUAUAUCUCUAAAAGCGCUCCACCUGCUAAACACGUCAUAGAAAAGGAGACGUCCUUCUCCCCGAGCCAGUACACGUCUUCAGCUCACCAGGCCACCACUGUCACACACACCUCCAGCCAGAGCUGGAUGAACAGCAAGCAUGAGAACAUUGUGUCGGAGAGCCGCUCGGCGCUGGUGAUGUCAUCGGUGGAGGGCAGCCGGCAGGGCACACCCAGCCACCGGGGCCGCCUCAACGCCACCGGCGGCACCCGCGACCUCGGCGCCCGCGACCUCGCCGCCUACCUCAAGAGCACCAGGGACACGCCCGACUCCAGCCGAGACUCGCCCUACAGUGAGAGGUACGUGUCUGCCAUGACGUCUCCGACUCACCUGUCCCACGUGGAGCUGCUGACCCCCGUGACCCCUGGCUCACCCCCCUCCGAGAUGUCUGCGCCCCUCUCCAGCCUGGCCACGUCCGUCCCAUCUGUGGCGGUCAGCCCCAGCGUGGACGAAGACCGGCCCCUCCUCUUCCUCACCCCGCCGCGACUGAGGGACAAGCAGAGGCCAGGCUGCGGGGGCAGCAGCGGGGGCCGCGGCGGGGGUGGAGGUCACGGGCACAACCACGUCAGCGGAGUCGCGGGGGCACACCAGUGCAGCAAGCGCAACUCGGCCCACUACAACCACGGGCAGGACCCCACCCCGCCCCCCAGCCCCCUGCACAUCGACGAGGAUGAGUACGAGAGCACGCAGGAGUGCGAGGUCGCCAUCGCCAUGACGCCGACAGCACCGAUGGCUGCUGUGGUGACCCGCCCGCCGUCCCCUGUCUUCUCCAAGAAAGUCCCCGGCAGCCACCACCGCCGCCGCCGCCACUGCCACCAAAAGAACAAAGCCCAACGGCAUUGCCGUGGGUGCUGAUACGGUGGCCAGGCAGGGCCAAGCAGAGCCAGCAGUCAGGGCGCCGACGGCAGUGCCAGCCGCUAGCGACAGCAGCUCGGAGGAGAGCAGCAGCUCGGAGGAGAGCGAGACGGAGGACGAGCGCGCGGGCGAGGACACGCCCUUCCUCAGUAUACAGAAUCCCGCAGCGGGGGGCCCUGAGGCGCUCACCACACCGGCGCUGCGGCCGGUCGACGGCAGCAGGACUAACCCCGCGCUCCGCCUCUCUCCACAGGAGGACCUGCAGGUGCGCUUAUCCAGCGUGAUCACCAACCAAGACCCCAUCGCUGUAUAGAAGAAACAACCAACCAACCAAUCCCCAACGCAACACUACAGAUGCUUCAAACAUACCUAAGGCUGAGUUUAGACAAACUAAAUGAAAACAAAACAAAAAAAAAAUACUGCUAUACAGAGUCACCAUUAAACCUUUAUUUUCUAUAAAUUAUAGUAUUUGAGGGAGAGCGUGGGGGAAAAAAAAACAAAUUGCUAAUAACAAAAAAAGAACAAAAAAGACAGAACUUUUAUUUUAGAGAUGUAGUUAAUAAAGUCUUUUAUAAAUUAAAUGUGUGCAGAUGCGUUUGUGGAAGGAAGUGCCAUACACUUUAAUGUAGCAGGAGUCACAGUAUUUCAACGGCAAAAUAUAUAUAUAAAUAUAAAAAAAUAAUAUAUCAAUGGUGCCUUUAUUUUCAGUUAGAGGAACUUUAGGGAACUACUUUGACACUGAGCCAUAUAUUCGUCCAUGUGAACCAUCUGAUGACUGAUUUGGAAGGGCAAUAGAGCCACCAGCAUUAAUUCAUUAAUUGUCGUAUUUUUUCAUCAAACCACAGCAAAACUGUCCACGGAGGGUGCAGAGAUGGCACGUCUAAAUGUGUCAUUUUUGAAGUGUCAGCGUGUCUUAUGGACGCAACUGCAGCAAUUGAGGAUUAGAGAUCUGAUCCUGGGAAUAGGAAUUAGGGAAAAUACGCUGAAUAACCUUCCCAAUCAAAACAGUACGUUUACCAUGUAUGGUUAGGGGUUCAGAUUAGUCAGAUUUAUGUAAAGAUAUAUAUAUGGCUGUUUAUUAUUGCGACGCAGGAAUCUUGUAAGUACAUCAUUGAUUUUAUCCCCAUUACAACAAAAAAAAACGUAUCUAUUAUAGAUUGAGAUUAACCAACUCUGAUAGCAGCAACAUUUGGGAUCAUGGCACACAGAAGGAGAGCAAUAGGACAUAUCUGUACAUUUGAGGAAUGUGAAGGUUUUGUUGUUGGCCAUCACAUGAAAUGGCCGUCAACCUGUUUCCUGUAUGAAUGAAUGACUGAAUAUAUGGCUCAUUCUGUCAGUGUUUUGACACAUCCAGAGGUUCUUGAGUAAUGCAUUGUGGGGGAAAUAUAGCACCAUUUGAAAAUAUCGACCACAUUAUAGAUGGCAAGUGCUUUUCUGUGCGACUGUGUUUUUUUUUUAUGUUGCUGUCAUUUUGUUUUUUGUUUGUUUUUUAGGUUUUAAUUUUUUGCAUAUGUCCUUCCAGUACAUGUUACCAAUGUUACAUUAUCUAAAGUGUUCCUUUUUGUGUUUGAUAUAUUAAACGCUCUUUUAUUUCAGAUUUAUACUGUAUGUAUGGAAGACUUACUUUAGUGUAAAUCUCAUAAGAAGUAUUUUUUUUUUGUUACCAUCCUAAAUAUACAUUUGGGAGUUAUGCAUAUUGAGAAAAAAAAAAAAAAGUUGUCACAGCCUUCUGAAAUGACCAAUAUACUGACACACAUAUACAUUUCCCUGUCUAUACAUUUAGAGGCUCCUCAAUCUGCAAGGCCUUGUGCACAUGGUUACAUUGCAGAUAACUAGCAACCAUGUUUGACUCCUUUUAGCGUUAUCAGCCUUAUUAUAUUAUGUAUAUGUCUCCUUUUGAGUUCCUCAUACCAUUGGUUAUGACAUUUUAUACAGAAAGAAGCGGCCCGUUGAAGAUGCUUUUACAGUUAUUUGUAUUUAUUUAAUUUAUUUAUUUAUUUAUGUUUGUAUUUAUUAUGUGGGCCUUACAUAGACUAUCAUAAAUUCUAUAUUUUAAUAGUUUUCUUGUAUUUUUUAUUUUUUUUUCUUCGCUCAAUGUUUUAUUGUUAUUUUUUUCAUCACCAUCCUAAACCACAUGGCUUGUCAUUCAGCAUAACAAUAAUAUAAAUAAAUGUACAUUGCCAAUGUACUUGAUUGUAUGGUGGUUCUUAGUAUAGCGCUGUAAAACCAUGAAAACCUUCACAAUUACCCCAUGGUGCAUUGCUUUCAAACCGAGAUGUGUCUGUUGGUUGAUUUAUGUAAAUACUCCACACAAAAACCAUCAGUUCUUUGGGUUGCAGUUGAAAUGGUAAACUGUUGCCUCUGUGUCUCAUCAACCUCAGCCCCCCCUGGUCGCCUGUGCUUGAGCCUCCCCGCUGUACCUAACAGAUGCUGAUUUUGUGCAGACCCACUUGUUCUUUUUUUUUUUUUUUUUUUUUAAACAUCCCAGUAUCCAUUCCAUUUAAUUGUAUUCAUAUAAAAAAAAAUGUGUGCAGUGUGACAACACAAACACACAAACACAACACGACACACUCGACUGGGUUACCACAGUGCAAGAUAAGCCCGUAGUGCUACAGCUCCAUGUCACUGUGAAGUGCGAGAUGAUUGAUUUAAACAGUGAUGCUGAAGAAGAAAGCUGAACGCACCCCACCCACGCUGCAUGACCACACACAUGGACACAAACGCAGGCAUGCCCGUCGCACCGGAUGUGCUGAGAUGAUGUGCAUGAAUGGAGAUGUCAAACGAGACCAUUACAAUGGCCACCGUUUCUUUCUUUUUAGUUUUCCGACUCCUUCAUUGAAUUUCCAUUAAAUGAAACUGCUCAUUCCCAA